CCCACAGCGCGAGUCUGCACAACCACUCUUAUUGGCUCCUAGUCUGAGCUUCCAAAGCUUUUAUUUUCUUGUGAACAGACGAUGACAAUUCGUUGAUUUCCACCCAUAAGUUGUGCAAACCUAUAUUCGACAACACACUAGAUUCAUUAACGCGCGCGCUCACCCUGUAAGAGUGUUGUUUUGGGGGUGGAGAGUGAUGAUAUAAAUAUUUCAUGUUGCACACCACACCGUGUGUUCGCUUUGCGCCCUAGGCUAUAGCUUUAUGGUAAAUGCAUCAUAGUAACAGGGUUCAAUGAACAUCGACCUUUCUGUGAUACCAAGAGUUGCGUCACAAAUAGAGCUGACCACUUUUUCCUCGGGAUUCAACAAGAAUGAACCAAGAGCAGUGUUGUUAAUUAUACCAGUACAGAAUUAAAGAAGAGAAAACAGGUUAAAAGUGACAGCCUCAGUUUCGUUGUGGCUAGGGGCUAUACAAAACUGUCGAUCAAGAUCACAUCGUAAGCUCAGAAAUGUUGUUUUAUCAGCUAAGCUAGCAACAACGGUAAGAGUCAACGGAAGACUAAAAUCAUCCCGUCUUUUCCCUCAAAUCGUGACAGGUGUUUUGUGUGGUGAGAAGCUGAACUUUACAACUUUCAAAUAGGCCCCCGAGCUAUCGUAGUGACUGACGCCUUUUUCUCUUCCUGAAGAACGGUUCCGUUUUCAACCUAGUGAAAGAAUACACGGAAAGGGCGCUGGAAGGCAGAUCACGUUCUGUCCCAGGUAGAAGUCUUCGAGUCAGGUGUUUUCUGGUCGUGAGCGUGGUUCGGGCUCCCCAGAGAGAAAGUGAAUGUUGUGUCUAGUGUCAGGCCGCACUUGGCUCACCCUCCGUGCCCCAGAAACACACUAGAGUGGGACAGACGAACUUUGAGCUGAUGGACUGAGCAGAACCCUUUGGACAUUCAGAACAACCAAGGCUCAAAGGUCAAAAUUCUGAGUCUUUUACCUCAUCUUUUCAUCAUUUCGUUGCCUCUGAGCUAGAGACAGAUCAGAUCCUCUUUUGCUUUUUUUAUCCUUGUGACCUUUAAACGCAUGGAUACGGAGACGUUUGGCAGAGUCGUAACCACACUUGAUACCAACGUCAGACUCCGGGAAACCUGAGUCAAACUUAACCUUUUCGAUUAGGCCUACAGUUACAGAAGACAGGCACCGAUUCGCGAUUGUCACCCAGGAACGAACGACUUUUUGUUUGUUUGUUUUAUUGUGUUUUUUACGAGACAAGGCAAUUUGACUUCGUUCCAAGAUUUGCUCAACAACGCGCAUCAUCAUCUUUUCCAUGUUCCCCGAAAUCUGAAACUUGCAUUGUUUUGAGGAAACUGUUGAAGCUGCAAGAGGUGCUGAAAGAACAUCCAAGGCAACUUUCAUGUAUUCAGACUUUAAAUACAACAUUGAUGUGGUUGUUUGAGCUGAAUUCCGUUAAAGCUAGGCUCUCACUGAUACGAGACGAAGGCUUCAGUAUAACCAUCGCCAAUCAUUUCAACGAAACGAACCGUUGGACUUCCACAAUUCAGCUCAACAACGUAUCUUGUCAUACUAUUUUUCAAGCUCCCUCAGUUCUUGAACUGGUAUUUGAAAAAUCCGCUGGAUACAGGCACUAACUGACUACCAACUGUGAGCACAAGUAGAACUAUUGACAGUCUCUAAUAUAGAUAACUGACCGUUUUCCUUCUCGCCGUUUUAAUCGUCUGUUCCAAGAUGUCAGAAGUUGACCAGACAGUUGUAUCAGGUGUCCGGUUCCUGGUGGUCAUCUUGAGUCUGCUGACAGUUGCACCCCGCCCAGGCCACAGCUGGAGCACCAUCAUCAACGCCAGCGUUCUGGGCAAACCUGGGUCGUAUGACGCGGCUCUGUAUUCCGCCAUCGCCGACAUGUUGCUUCGUGAAGACGACACAGAGAGGAACGGGAGCAACCCCAGACCAUACUACUGCAAGCUGCACUUCAAGGCCUUGACCUUUGACACCAGCACUGGAGACGCUGUCUUUGACAGUCUGGUCAGAGCAAGACAAAACUUCAAAAGUCCCAAAGUGGCCGUGGCUAUCGGGCCAUUCAUCGAAGUAUUUGCUUCCACCGACUACGUCAUUUCCUCCCAACUGCACAUUCUGACGUCACCUCCGGGUCAGAAUGCAGGGAUGAUGGAUCCAGAUAAGGUGGUGUCCAUUCUGCCUGAGCCAAACUCACUUUCCAUUGCAAUCGCUGCGUGUGUCAAAAGGCUAGGCUGGCACGAUGUUGCUCUACUGGCACAAGGUGAGAGAGUUCUAAUGUAGGAAAAUCUUUUUUUAAAUCCCUGCGAGUUCUUUCAGCUCCUUUGAUUUAAAAAACUGAACAAUUUUGUGCCACCAUGGACACAAUGUAAGAUUGUUCAGGACGCGUGCGACUUCGACUCUGAAUAUCAGGGCCAACCAAGGCUGUGAAGGAUAGAGUAUCCCAGCAGACAGGCGGAGAUACAAAUUAAAUGCACGAGAGAAAAUACAUUCUUGACUUGGGGGAUCGAACUCGUUUCUCUCGCUUGCGACAGGGAAGAGAUGAACCGUUACGCCACAAGUGUUGGAACUGUCAGCUGUUUUUACCUACAGCUCGUGUUUAUUUAUUUUCUUACUAGGCAGUUGUCCUUGACACGAAAACGAAGCAUUGUAAAAAAAAAAAAAAGAAAGGGAAAUGACCUUUAACAUCUUCUGUGGCAGCCACGUGAUUACUGUUUGUGUGGGUUUGGACGGGGAAUAGAUACGGGUAGGCUGGUG